AGCAUCAGUUCCGUUUACUGGACAUUUAUUAUUCAAAUUAGUUCCUCUGCAGUGUAAAGCUGACUUUGGGAGAUUUCUUUAAUUCCGGGUAAUAAUAACCGACUCACCAGGCUGGCUCGUCUCCAGCCAAUGCGGAGCUGAUAGAGGAGUGGCAGUGAUCCAGAGCAGGGCGCAGAGAGGCGCUGUGCCUUUAAGCGCCUCAGGGACAUCCAUCAGAAGGAGUCGGAACCCUGACCGAGUUGUUAUUUUAGAGGACGGACUUGGUCUGUGGUGGACUUGUGGAUGGGAUCCGCUCUUUGGUGGUUAUUUAUUUGUGCGCCGGACACGCAUGGAGUGAAAGACGCGUAAAACGGCUGAAGAUGAGGUGCCAGUGGGUUGUUUGUGCCUCGUUUUUAGUCCUGCUGCCACUAACAGUGUGGAGCAAGCCAGUCAUCUCUCCCAGUGGUCCUCAUAUAGUGGUUCCCAAAAAAGGAAAGCUGGAGCUGAGUUGCCAUGACAAUGCCACAGCAUCCCAGUUGAAGUGGGGGAAUGACAGAAACCGCAAGUUGGAGAUAAAGGUGGAGGAGGGCGGGGUGGCCUCUGUCAGGGUGUCAGCAGUGCAGGCCUAUCACAUGGGGCGUUAUACGUGUGUCAACGUCAUCACGAAAGAACAAAGCUCCAUCUAUGUUUUUGUGAAAGACUCAGAAAAUGCCUUUCACCGUACCAUGGUGAACAACAUUUUGGUUCGAGCAGGUGAGGACUGCAUUAUCCCCUGCCUCGUGACCAAUCCUGAGAUCACAAGUUUGACUUUGGAGACCUGUGAUGGACAACCUUUGCCCUCUGGAAUGAGCUUCCACAGUAACUUUGAGCGAGGCAUCAUCAUCAAUGACACUACAGAAGAAUACGUGGGCUGUUAUGUAUGCACAGCACAGCUGAGUGGAAACAAAGUCACCUCGAGCUUGUACACUGUGGAUGUUCAACUUGCGCCAGAGUCGCCUCCAGUGAUCACGCUUUCACAGAAGGAUGUCAUCAUCCUGAAGGCAGGAGAACAGUUUGAGCUCACCUGCAGCUCCACCAACGUCAACCCGGAGUUCAGUCUUAAGUGGGACUUCCCUUUGACAGCGCACCCCAAUGUAAGCCAGACCUCCCACAUCCUGCCUGGCUCCAGAGGGUAUAAACGUUCAACCUCACUCCUCAUAGCAACUGUCAAAAAAUCGGACUCAGGCACUUAUCGCUGUCAUGCCCUCAAUGAGAAAGGCAGCAGCGAUGCAACGCUGCAUCUGGAUGUACGCAGUCAGGGCUUCAUUAAAAUGUUAGGAAGUCCUGGUCCGGUCCAGGCGGAUGUUAGAGAAGGAGAGAGCUUUAGUCUGAAAGUGGAAUUUGAUGCCUAUCCUCCACCACACUCCCUCUCCUGGUCAUACAACAACAAGCGCCUCCUGAACACCACAGAGCAUGUUAUCACUGUUCACCACCGUAAAUACAGAUACACCAGUGAGCUGAGACUGGUGAGGGUUCUUGGUUCAGAAGGUGGGAUCUAUGAAUUUUCAGCCAGUCAUGAGGACGCCUCUGUUGCUCAUUUAUUCCAUGUAUAUGUAAACAGUAAGCCUGUAAUUGUUGCCCACGAGGGCCCAGUUGAUGGACAGGUACGAUGCAUCGCUGCAGGUUAUCCAGUCCCUAAAAUCAGCUGGUAUGUUUGUGAGCUGCCCCAUACCAGGUGCUCCCUCCUGCCCAAUGCCACCCAUUGGGAGACCACAGAGGUGACCAUCCUGUCUGAGUCACCCUUCGGCCGGAGCGAGGUGGAGAGCCGCCUGAAUGUUACCAAGGAGCACGCUCAGUUCCACACCCUGGAGUGUGUGGCCUCCACGGAGGGAGAGGAGGCCUACACACUGUUCUCCAUCAGUGAGCGAGUUGUCCCUCAUAGACUCUUCACACCUCUUCUAACUGGCAUGUUGGCUACUGGCGCCUUCCUCGUCCUGUUUCUAGUUGUGCUUUUAUACAAGUACAUGCAGAAACCAAAGUUUCAGAUUCAGUGGAAGGUCAUUGAGAGCAUCAAUGGAAACAACUACAUCUACGUCGACCCUCUCCAGCUGCCAUAUGACAUCAAAUGGGAGUUUCCCCGACAGAAGCUUCGCUUUGGUAAAACUCUAGGCUCUGGGGCUUUUGGGAAGGUGGUAAGAGCCACAGCGUAUGGCCUUUGCUCGGUAGACACGGUUACGACUGUCGCUGUCAAGAUGCUAAAACCUAAUGCUCACUCCACGGAGAAGGAGGCGCUGAUGUCAGAGCUGAAGGUUCUCAGUUACCUUGGAAACCAUGUGAACAUUGUGAACCUGCUUGGAGCCUGCACUGUUGGAGGCCCAAUUUUAGUGAUCACAGAGUACUGUUGCUAUGGUGACCUGCUCAACUUCCUCAGAAGAAAAAGGCAGUCCUUCCUAAAUUCCCAGGUUGGGGAUGGUUACUAUCGCAACAUCUCCAACCAGACGGAGCCAACAAGCAGAGGUGUGACUGGUCCAGGAUAUAUGCCCAUGCACCCUUCUGAGAAAGAACGGUCCUCCCAAUCAGAUGAGAUAGAUGAGUUGUCUCUGGACGUUGAAGAUCUCCUCAGCUUUUCCUACCAGGUUGCCAAAGGAAUGGAGUACAUUACCUCUAAAAAUUGUAUCCACAGAGACCUUGCAGCCAGGAACGUUCUGCUGACUCACGGCAGGGUGGCGAAGAUCUGCGACUUCGGCUUGGCUCGGGACAUCACCACUGACGCCAGUUAUGUGCUGCGCGGAAACGCCCGUCUGCCUGUCAAGUGGAUGUCCCCUGAGAGUAUCUUUGACUGCAUCUACACCUUUGAGAGUGACGUGUGGUCCUACGGCAUCCUGCUGUGGGAAAUCUUCUCUCUGGGAAAUAGUCCGUACCCAGGGAUGCAGGUGUGUUCAGUGUUUUAUAAGAUGAUUCAAGAAGGUCACAGGAUGAGCAGGCCGGAGUUUGCUUCCAUCGAGAUGUAUGAAAUGAUGCUGUCCUGCUGGAACCAUGACCCACUAAAAAGGCCGUCCUUCAGAAAACUGGUGGAGAGAACUGAGCUCCUGCUGUCAGAAAAUACCAAGAAUGUGUACCUGAUGCUGAGCAAUGUUCCAGGUACCUCGAAGCAGCAGAGGAUGCCGUCGCGGAGGCUGAGCUCAGUCUGCAGCACCACAGCCCCCACACAGCCUUUACUGCAGAACACAGCUGAUGUCUUCAUGGACUACGUUUAAACCCCCCCCCCCCCCCCCCAACACACACUCACACAAACACACACACACACACACACACACACACACACACACACACACACACACACACACACACACACACACACACACACACACACACACACACACACACACACACUUGCUCUCAGCCUCAAACUGCUCAUCCCAUUGGUGCAUUUACCUCUGCGUUAGGUGCAUGUCUAUGUAAAGCAGACUCCAGCACCAACAGCCCAUCAGAUACAGCCUCAGUCCUCAGCCGUGGGAGGAGAUCUGGCUCCUUCCAUCUUCCAACGCUUUGGGGAAGGCAACAUGGCAGUUUCAUGUACAUAUAUGACUAAAGAGGGAUCGUGUUAGACUAAGAAGAACAGUGGGAUGUGAACGUUUGGGCAGCCUUGAAUCUUCAGGAUUUUCCUGUAUAAACUGUCACGAUAAAAACUUCAGUUAAAUAUAUCAUAUAGGACACACACACACACACACAGUGAUAUUUGAAUGAAAUGAAGUUUACAGGAUUUACAUAAAGUGUGCAAUAAUUGUUUAAGCAAAAUUAGGCAGGUGCAUAAAUUUAGGCACCACAUAAAAUUAAUGAACUUGAUAUUUAUUAGAUCCUCCUUUUGCAGAAAUAACAGCAUCUAACUGCUUCCUGUAGCUUCCAAUGAGAGUCUGGAUUCUGGCUGAAGGUAUUUUGGACCAUUCUUCUUUACAAAACAUCUCUAGUUCAUUCAGGUUUGAUGCUUCUGAGCAUGGACAGCUCUCUUUAACUCACCACAGAUGUUUUUAUAACAUCCAGGUCUGGGGACUGAGAUGGCCAUUCCAGAAUGUUCUACUUGUUCCUCUGCAUGAAUGCCAUAUGAGCCAUUCCCAUCUGUAGCGGGUCGACCCGGGCCGGGUAGCCCCAGUGGGGCCCGGUUGAUUCCACACAUCCUUGCCUUAAACCCAUGUGGGCUGAUUCUACCCACCAAUCAGAGGCUUGCUCUAAUGGAAGGUGUGAAUUUGCUGUCCGCAGUGGGUGUGUUGGCCCUGGUCGGCCUGAAGCAGACCCCCUCGAGAAGAGGGCUGAGAAUGAGCCUUGGUUGGCCCGGAAAACUACCAGGCCACCCAGAUAUGUAAACAACCUAUGCUACCCGGCCCGGGCCGACCCGGUACGGAUGGGAAUGGCCCAUUAGUACAGGGGUCCUCUAUUAUAAAUGUCCAAGGCCACUCAAAAAAAAAAAAGGGGGGGGGCACAAAGAGGAGGCCCGCACAUGGCCUGCGGGCCGCCUAUUGAGGACCACUACCUAAGCUGAUUCUGAGCAGUGUUUAGGGUUGUUGUCUUGUUGAAAGUUGCAGCCCUGGAGCAGCUCCAGCUUUGUCACUGAUUCCUGGACAUUGGUCUCCAGAAUCUGCUGAUAUUGAGUGGAAUCCAUGUGUUCCACAACUUUAACACGAUUCCCAGUCCCAGCACUGGCCACACAGCCCACAGCAUGAUGCAGCCACCGCCAUGUUUUACUGUAGGUAGCAGGUAUUUUUCUUGGAAUGCUGUGUUCUCUUUCCUCCAUGAAUAACGCCCCUUGUUACGCCCAAAUAACUCCAUUUUAGUACCAUUAGUCCACAGCACCUUAUUCCAGAAUGAAGCUGCUUGUGCUUGUCCAAAUGUGCUUUAGCAUACCUCAAGCAGCUGUUUGUGCUAAGGGUGGAGAAAAGGCUUCCUCUGCAUCACUCUCACAUGCAGCAUCUCCUUGUGUAAAGUGCACCGAAUAGCUGAACGAUGCACAGUGGCUCCAUCUGCAGCAAGAUGAUGUUGUAGGUCUUUAGUGCUGGUCUGUGGGUUGACUCUGGCUGUUCUCACCAUUCGUCUGUUUAUCCAAGACUUUUCUUGGUUUGCCACUUGAAGCCUUAACUUGAACUGUGCCUGUGAUCUUCCAUUUCCUCAGUAUGUUCCUAACUGUGGAAACAGACAGCUGAAAUCUCUGAGGCAGCUUUCUGUUUACUUCACCUAAACCAUGAUGGUGAACAAUCUUUGUUUUCAGGUCAUGUGAGAGUUGUUGUGAGACCUCAUGCUGCUACUCUUCAGAGAAUAUUUAAAAAGGAGGGGAACUUACAAUUGGCGCCCUUUAAUACUCUUUCUCAUAACCGGAUUGACCUGUGUAUGGAGGUCAAGGGUCACUGAGCUUACCAAACAAUUUAGAGUUCCAAUAUUGAGUUCUAAAAUUAUUGGAAUCAAUAAAAUGACAACAGUGACCAAAUGUAUGAACCUGACCAAUUUUGUUGCACACUUUCUGUAAAUCCUAUAAACUUUGUUUCACUUCCCAAUUAUCAGUGUAUGUGUAUCCUAUAUGAUAUAUUUAACUGAGUAUUUUUUAUUGUACAACCAACAAUGUAUACAGGAAAAUCAUGGAGAUUACCAAGGCUGCCCAAACUUCCCCAUUCUAUUGUAGACAAUAAGAUGCUGUUGUGUAAAAUAGCUCCUUUUUAAUUUUUUUUAUUGUACAUUCAAUUUUUUUUAACAUUUUCUGAGAUGCUUUUGUUGAAUUCUAAAAUAAUCUUUCUGUUUCAAAGAUAUUUCCUAAAACAUUUGAUUGGUGAUUGUCUCCGAAUUAGUGCAACUUUUUUAACAGGCCUUAACAGUGUCUUUGAAUCGAUGAGCCAUAAAAGCGGCGUGCAAGCAAUGACCCAGAAUGGAAGUCAAACAAGAUAAAGCCAUAAGUUACACAAACACUGACUCCUACCUGUGUGUUGUAGCUCCAGAUACUGUGACUAGCUGCUUUAUUACUGUGCGUACAUCAUGGUUAAGCUCUUUAGCAGCGCCACUGAGGCCGAGACUCUAGGACUGGUCGUGUGCUUUUUUGUUGUUGUCAAGUGUAUGCAAUGUAAAUAUAAUAGAGAUGUGCCUUUAGGUUUUUGUUUUUAAACUCUGAAUACGUUGUUUCUUGACCGUUCAGCACUGAGAAGAUGGGCAGAAGAGAAUGUCUGCACUCUGGUUUUGAGAUACUUGUCAUUUUGAUACGGCUGGUUGACUUGUGAUAAUAAAGAAUGCACCUGUGAUGGUGAAACCAUAUUCC